AUGUUAUAUGUUGCGGUAGCCACGGCACGGGAUCCAACGUUGUACGAGAUGCGCGAGAUCCAUGCCGCCAGAAUUGCGUGGGCUACCAGUGCCACCACGAACGGGAAAAUGAAGAUGUUGGACAUUCCGGUGCUGAUACUCUUCUCCUUGAUCAGAUGGCUGAAUCCAACCACAAGCGGCAGGUUGAUCAGGAACCAGAACUGGCCGGGGAUGGCUAGCACGUUCGACAGGAACGUGGAGUACCCCAUGUUCUUGAGGAUCAAGGAGAUGUACUGGGAUACUGGUUGGAACGGAAUGAAAGCCAUGAUUCCCUGGAUCAGCAACGGCCAGUAG